UAACUCCAUUGUGAUAGGCAACGACGAUCGACGACAGUAGAGUAAAUAUGGCUUCCAGUCAAAUGUGUGGACCAUGUACUAGGAUGGACAAAUCAGCUACUGUCGUACAAUUUUGCACUGAUUGUGAAGAUCCCUUAUGCUCUGAUUGUGUUACCACUCACAAAGCAAUCAAGGCUCUUGCUUUGCACCAUUUGAUUGAUGAAAAAGUUCAUGUCGACAAGGCUUUCAACAUCAAAAGAAUAUGCAGUGACCAUCCAGAAAUGAGUUUAGAGUUUUACUGCUCGAAUCAUGAAAGCUUAUGCUGUCGUACAUGCUCCGUGAAUAUCCAUCGCACAUGUGACAAAAUUUUACCGAUAGAUGUUGCUGCACGUGGAACAAAGUCAUCAGUAAUGAUGAACGAUGUAACAGCAGAUUUAAAGGAUUUAUUGAAAACUGCCGAGCAAUUAGUAGAAGACCGAGCGAAAAACAAGGAAAACAUUGGAAAAGCUAAAGCGACCACUCUACAAAAAAUAGUCAAAUUUAAACGUCAAUUAAUUCAAGAGUUAGAUGAACUAGAAAGGAAAUCAAUGACGGAAGUUGAUGUAACUGAGAAAACGCUUACCAAAAAGGCCGAAUCUGACCUUUCAGACGUUGAAAUCCGAAGAAAGACAAUCACAGAUAUGUCAAAGCAACUGGAAUUUCUUACAAAAAACGGUUCAGAAAGCCAAAUUUUGAUGCUGUUGAACACUAUAAGAGUAGAUGUUUCAAAGCAAGAAAAUGAAUUUCAAAAUUUAAUCCCGUCUUUCGAUUGCAGUAAUAUUAUCUUCAAGGCAUCAGGAAUAAAGUCCGUACUAAUUUCGCUCGGAUCGGUGGAAAUCCAAUCGGUUCCAUGUUCAAUUGCACACAAACCCUCGAAACAUGCACAAGCCCAGAUACCAACAGAGUAUGGGAAAAUGCUUACCAAAUUCAAACUCAAAAAUGAAUUUAAAGUACCUUAUUCUAACGGGAAUGUAGCUAGCAUUGUUGUAACGAAUGAUAAUAGGCUACUGUUAUGUUAUUUCGGAGACAAGAGUAAAGCAUUGUCGAAAUGGUCAGAGACGGGAGACCACAUUCAGGACUGUAAACUGGCUGCUCCUGCGUGGGGUAUAGCUAACAUUCCAGGAUCAAAUGUAGCGGUUGUUACAUUACCACUAAUUAAAUCGGUUCAGUUUGUUAACAUGACCAGUAUGGUACCAGGCAAAGCAAUGAAAGUUCCCGACGAAUGCCAUGGAGUAACGGUUAUUAAGGACAUGAUAGUAUUUGGUGGGAAGGGCAAAUGUUAUUUCCUCAGUAUGACAGGAAGUCUCAUGAAAACAUUUAAUGUCGGUAGUGGUUUCUUGUAUUCACUGAAGACAGGUAACAUGGAUAUGAUAUAUUGCUGUGAUACAAGUUAUGAUACACUCUAUUGCAUUGAUAUCAAUGGAACUGUAAUCUUCUCGUAUAAAUCUCCUGAUUUCAAAGGACCAAUAGACAUGGCAUUGGAUGGUAAAGAGAAUCUGUAUGUGGCAACCUGGAAAACUGACAAAUUACAUCGUCUGUCAAAAGAUGGGAAGCUUAUUAAUAUCCUUCUCAAGAAUGAAGAUGGACUAAAUAAUCCGUUUGCAGUUGCUUUCAACAAGAAUUAUACCAAAUUGUACAUAGCAGACGGACGAUUAUGCGAAAAUAAAAAUGUAUUGAUUUUUGAUUGUGCUUAAAACUGCAUGCAACUCUAAAACUUACAAAACUAGAUUCACCUGAUAACUUGUAAAAUUAUAUGCAUAAAAUUGAAACCCUGUCCUGUCCAUUAAAACGAAUUUUGAUUUGGGUAUGAAUGCUCUGUUCUCCUGUUUGAAGAAUUAAUGUUGAUUCAAAGAAAAUUACAAGAACACUAUAUUGUACAAAGAACUCAUUUUAUUUUAUGAUAUUACCACAAAGCCAGUGAUUAAUGCAUUGAUGUAAAGAAAUUAUACAUAAGAGGUGAAUAUCAAUUUACUGUUUCUUGGCAAUGUUGUUUUACAAUGGUGGGCUAUCUCUGAAGUAUAAAAAUGUAUUAUUUGUCAAUUAUGUGUCUGGUGAAGAAAAAUUAAUUGUUUUAAUCAAAGUUGUACAAAUUCUCUUUCAAUGUUGACAAAA